AGGAUGCAGUUGAGGCUGACAUGGAAAGGUUCGAGGCCGCUGUUGCAGCCAUGGAGAAGGAAAUGGAGGACAGGAUGGGUCCUCAGCGGCCCCGCCUUCCCGAGUGGGCGGUUCCAGAUAAUCAGAAGCAUAACUGGCCAGCUCUUAGUGAGGAUACUCAACCAUUGAAAGGUUUUACAUCUCAAACCAUCAAGGAUACUGGAGAUUCAUGGACGCUUGAGGUAGAUAUCGGGGAGUAUGAUUCACAGGGGGUCAAACUUAGUGUGUGUGGAGAUACAAUAAUAAUCCGUGCUGCCCGGUCAAACCUAGAGGUCAAACCCAACAAUCAAUCCAGUUUUAGUACAAGUAUAGAGAGAAGGUUUAGCCUCCCACCGGGCUGUAACCCAGACAACCUGACUAGCAAGAUUACAACAGACAAUAUACUUAUUGUAAAUUGUCCAAGGAAGAUGAUGUUGACCGGCCCCUCAUCGCGUGCUAUAAAAACGAGCUACUACUAGACUGGAGUCUAGUAUUCUCUUUUAUAUUUUAUGUAUAUAUAGAUAUAUUUGUAAUUAUUUUAAUAUUAAGAAAUAUAUAUAUUUGUGAAAA